GGACUCGGGAGCAGCAGCAGCAGCAGCAGCGUCGUCGUCGGUAAUCAUGGCGGCCAAGGCGCUUCGACAGCGCAGCAGCAGGCGAGGCAGCCGACAACAAGACACCAACAGCGUCAAUGUCUCCACCGAGGCUCGGACACCGAAGGAGGACAAAUGCGACGAGGACACUAAAGUCACAGAGACACAGAGACAAGAGUCAGUAAGUCGAGGUGGGCAGGUGUGGGCUCCUGAAGGCUCCACUGCGUUUAAAUGUCUGCUCUCUGCACGUUUCUGUGCAGCUCUGCUCAGCAACAUCUCAGACUGUGAUGAGACCUUCAACUACUGGGAGCCCAUGCACUUCCUGCUGUACGGCACAGGGAUGCAAACGUGGGAAUAUUCUCCAGUGUACGCCAUCAGAUCUUAUGCUUACCUGUGGCUGCAUGCUCUCCCUGCUUAUCUGCAUGCCCACGUCCUACAAACAAACAAGGUGCUUGUGUUCUACUUUGUGCGAUGUGUCUUAGCAUUCUCCUGCUGUGUGUGUGAACUCUAUUUCUACAAGGCUGUGUGUAAGAAGUUUGGUUUGCACGUUGGUCGUCUGAUGUUGGCCUUCCUUGUCCUGAGCACAGGGAUGUUCUGCUCGUCUGCAGCUUUCCUACCGUCCUCUUUUUGUAUGUAUACAACGCUGGUUGCCAUGACAGGAUGGUUUCAGGACUCAACACCAUUGGCUAUUUUUGGUGUUGCUGCUGGCGUCAUCGUUGGAUGGCCGUUCUCUGCUCUGAUUGGGAUUCCGGUUGCCUUUGACCUGCUGGUGCUGAAGAGGCAGUGGAAAGGUUUUAUUAUGUGGUCAGCUGUUGCUCUGCUCCUGCUGCUGGUUCCCCUCGUGGCAGUGGACUCUUUCUUUUAUGGCAAAGUGGUCGUGGCUCCGCUCAAUAUUCUGUUGUAUAACGUGUUCACACCACAUGGACCUGAUCUGUAUGGUACAGAGCCAUGGCAUUUCUACUUUGUAAAUGGGAUCCUGAACUUUAAUCUGGUGUUUGCUCUGGCUCUGUUGUCACUUCCUCUCACCGCCCUCAUGGAGACGCUGUUGCACAGGUUCAAUGUGCAGAACCUGGGCCGUCCGUACUGGCUGACUCUGUCUCCCAUGUAUCUGUGGAUGUUGGUGUUCUUCACCAGACCUCAUAAAGAAGAACGCUUCCUCUUUCCCAUCUAUCCUCUGAUCUGCCUCAGCGGUGCAGUCGCCCUGUCCUCUCUCCAGAAAUGCUACCACUUCCUGUUCCAGCGGUACAGACUGGAGCAUUACACCGUGUCCUCUAACUGGCUGGCUCUCAGUGCUGUUGUGGUGUUUGCAGUGUUGUCCCUGUCUCGCUCUGUCGCCCUCUUCAGAGGCUAUCAUGCACCUCUGGACCUGUACCCAGAGUUUCACCGCAUCGCCAAAGAUCCCACUUUCCACUCAGUCCCUGAAGGCAGACCAGUCAAUGUGUGUGUGGGCAAAGAGUGGCACCGCUUCCCCAGCAGCUUCCUGCUGCCACACAACUGGCAGCUGCAUUUCAUCCAGUCAGAGUUUAAGGGGCAGCUUCCUCAGCCGUACGCCUCUGCUCCUCUGCCCACACAGAUCAUCCCCAAUAAUAUGAAUGACCAGAACCUGGAGGAGCCCAGUAGAUAUGUGGAUUUGAAGCAGUGUCAUUAUUUAGUGGACCUGGACACAGAUGAAGAGACGCCACUGGAGCCGCGAUAUUCAUCCAGCAAAGACGAGUGGAACGUCAUCGCCUAUAAACCUUUUCUUCAAGCAUCGAGGUCCUCUCCUCUGCUCAGAGCGUUCUACAUCCCGUUCCUGUCAGACCAUCACACCACCUACAGACGCUACGUCAUCUUGAAACCACGGCGGCAGAAGCAGCCUCGUAAGCGGAACCUUGGCUGACCUUUGACCUUUGAACUCCAGCCCGCCCCAGAAAAAAGACAUACCAGAGAAAUCCUGAUGGAACAAAAUCAAUUACUUCCUUCAACAAGGCUGGUAUUUGUGUGUGUGUGUGUGUGUGUGUGUGUGUGUGUGUGUGUGUGUGUGUGUGUGUGUGUGUGUGUGU